GACAACGUCAUCAGCCGAUCCGAUAACAUGCCAUGGUUUGGCGGUCCCACUCUGAUCGAGGCCCUUGACGAAGCAGUUGCAUCACAUUUCCGUCCUGAGCGGCCUUUGCGGUUUCCUCUGGCGGAGGUCAUGAAAGUCGGGGGCAAGGGCACCGUGGUGGUCGGCCGCGUGGCCACUGGCACCCUACGCCACGGGGCCAAACUGACGUUUGCCCCUGGCGGGACCACGGCAGAAGUGACGGCCAUUGCGAUGCAUCACGAGCCCCUCAGUGAGGCGGUCGUGGGCAACGCAGUGACCGUAACGGUAGACGCUGAGAUGAGCGAGCUUCGACGAG